AUGUCGACGGUCUUGAGUGUGGAAAAUCAGGUCAGUGAACAAACUGAAGAACAAUUUUACCCAGCCAUCAUGGAAGGCUUGCGAAAUCCCCAAGAAAUAGUAGACAUCCACAGUGCCUUAGCCUUCUUUGAGAGAAAAACUCAGCUAGAAAAUUCUGAAGGCAAGCAUUGGGUUUAUCUUGGCCAUUGCUACUUUAUAAGCCAAGAUUUAGAGAGAUGCUAUGCCAUUUACCAGAAGUGCCUUUACUCACUAAAAGAGGACACAAAUCCUCAGCUUUGAUAUGGGAUCGGUCUUCUGUACUCAAAAUACAACAACUGAAAAUACGCUGAAGUAGCAUUUUUAGCUGCUCUCAAGAUUUCUCCAGAUUUUGAAGAAAAGGGCAUUAUUUAUAGUAAUUUAGCGAAGAUUUAUAAAAAUCAAGGGCACUAUGAGAACGCUGAGCAUUAUUAUAAGAAGGCUUAUGAGCUUUCUGCAUCUGAUUUAAAGCUUAAAGCAGAACUUCUUUGCAAUAUUGGAUAUUGCUUGGAGCUGCAAAACAAAAACCAAGAAGCAGUUAAAGUUUAUAAAGAAGUGAUAAAGUACCAAAAAAACCAAGAAAUCUUAGGCAGCUUAGCCCGUUUGUAUGAAAAACUUGGAGAUGCUGAGAGCGCUAGCUGCUGUCACAAAGAAUUCAAUAGUGAAAAAAUUGCGUGUGCCUUUAAUACGAAAGGAAUUCCAAAUGACAUUGCCCAACCAAUUCCACAGUGCUAUAACCCAUAUAUGUCAUCGCAACAUAUAUAUGCUUUAUACUGUCUACAAUUAAGCAAAAAUUGCUUAAGUUUCAGUUAA